AUACAUUACGUACUACAGUGUUUUGUGGAAAGGCAUAUAAUUAAAAUAGCAUUUUAUCUUUAUUUAUUUACAAUACAAUUUCAUAACGAAAUUUGAUUUGCACUAUUAUUUACAUUCACAAAAUUGUGUAGUGUUCUACUAAAACUUUUGUAAUAAUAACACUUUUAAGUUUAAGAUUCAUAUAGUGGAAAUACAUGUUUAAAUAAUGAUCAAUACACUUUUACGUGUAAUUCAAAUAUUACUCAUUGUAAUUGCGGCAGUAUGUGUGAAAUAUUUAGUACAAUAUUUUUAUAUGCGUUAUCGAUUUAGAAAUAUACCUGGUGUAACAGGUAUGCCAUUUCUGGGAGUUGCUUGGGAUCUUUUGAAAGUACCGAUUGAAGAUCAACAAGAAUGGUUCUCAAAUAUCACCAACAAGUAUAAAAAUAGUAUUUUUGUAUUGUGGAUUGGGCCAAGACCAUUUAUAAAUUUACAACAACCUCGACAUAUGGAGGCUAUCCUCCCAAGUACAGUAAAUAUCAAAAAGUCAUUUGUUUAUGAUUUGGUUACUCCAUGGUUGGGUAAUGGACUUUUGACAUCAACCGGUGAAAAAUGGUUUCAUCAACGUAAACUUCUGACUCCUGCGUUUUAUUUCGGUGUUCUUGGAAAGUUUACAGAUUUAAUGUACGAUAAAGUAAAAAUUUUGAAUGAUUGUAUUGAAAACCAUGUAUUUAAUAAUUCUAAUGAGCCAGUAGAAAUAUUUGAUUUUAUAUCGAAAUGCACUCUAGACAUCAUUUGUGAAACUGCGAUGGGUGUCGAAAUGGAUGCGCAACGAAAAAAGGCUGAUGCAUAUUUCAAAGCUGUUCACGAAUUUUCUAAUUUAGUAUCAGAUCGUUACAUUAAACCAUGGUAUAUGUGGGACUUUUUCUACUCAAAAACGAAAGAUGGACGAAAAUUAAAAAAAACUAUAGAAAUAAUGCACGAAUUUACCACAGGAGUAAUAACAGAGAAACUAGCAAAAAAGAAAAAUGCGUUACCUGUUGACAAUACCGAUGACAAUGAAAAUGACGAUUUUGUUUUCGCAGGUAAAAAAAAAUGUAAAGCCUUUUUAGAUAUAUUACUUGAAGCUAGCGAAAACGAUUCUCAACCAUUAUCUGUAGAUGAAAUAAGAGAACAGGUUGAUACAUUCACGUUUGCGGGACAUGAUACGACUGCCACUGCAAUCUGUUGGACACUUUUUGCUCUUGGAAAUGAACCGGAAAUUCAGAAUAACGUUCGAAAAGAGCUGCGUAACGUCUUUGAUGGCGAUAAUUACAAUUCAGUAGGUACAAAACUGAUGCAGUUAAAAUACCUUGAUUGUGUUAUCAAAGAGACUUUACGACUUUAUCCAAGUGCUCCUUUUAUUUUUCGAGAUUUAUCUGAAGAUGUAACAUUUGAUGGCUAUAAAAUUCCAGCAGGGACUUCCUUAACUAUCAAUAUAUUCGAUCUGCAUCGCGAUGAUGGUGUGUGGGAAAACCCAUUAGAUUUUAAUCCAGACCGAUUUUUAACAAGCAACAUGAUUGGCAGACAUCCUUACUCAUAUUUACCAUUUAGUGCUGGCCCACGAAAUUGCAUAGGUCAGAGAUUUGCUUUUUUAGAACUAAAAGUUGUCUUAUCUUCAUUCCUGUCUAAAUGGCAGAUAAAAAGUGCUAAGUCUCCAAAAGAUAUCAAAUUACAAACUGACAUUAUACUCCGAUGUUUUGAGCCGAUCAAAUUAUAUUUGACACCCGUGAUUAACUAAAAUUAAGGGUCUCUAAACAAAAAACUUUGAAGAAACACAAUGUUUCGAACAGUUAUUAUUUUACUACUUGAAACUUUUCAUCAUUUCAGUAACUUUAACUGUACAUAAUUUAUGUGGGUCCAUAUAUUA